AUGCCAAAGGGAAAAGGCUCAGCCCUGGAACCAGAAACAAGGGUGGAAAUGCUACAGGAAGGAGGUGGUGACCAUAGGACCAAUCACAGCAGCAGAAGAGACCAAAGGAAAAUGAACCCUGCUGUCACUUUCUGCAUGCUCUUGGUUUUCCUUCUCGCUGUACUCAUCAUCUAUCUGCUUGUAGACAACGUCAGAUCCCAACAGAAAAUGUGUGCAUCUGGGCAGUUUCCAAAAGCCUGGGGAUCUGAGCGGUUAUAUCAGCGAGCUUAUAUACCCCACAGGUCUAAUUCAGACAAGCCAAGAGCACAUCUGACAGCUAUUCGACAGAAUCCUAUAACUCCUAUGAAAGAUUCAUGGCCGGCUCUCCAGUGGGAACAUAAACUUGGCUCUGCCUUCGUCAAAAACCAAAUGAACUACACCAACAAGUUCCUGGUGAUUCCAGAGUCAGGAGAUUACUUUGUGUAUUCACAAGUCACUUUUCGAGGCAGCACACCAGAAUGUGGUAAAAUUAAUCAGAAGGAUCGAUCCACCAAACCAGAUUACAUAACUCAGGUCAUCACCAGAGUCACUGACAGAUACCCUGAGCCAACACAGCUUUUAACAGGGACCAAGUCCAUCUGUGAGAUAGGCAGCAAUUGGUUUAUUCCAAUUUACCUGGGUGCUGUUUUUCCUAUGCAAGAGGGGGAUAAGCUGAUGGUAAAUGUCAGUGACAUCUCUCUUGUGGAUUAUACCAAAGAAGACAAAACAUUCUUUGGGGCAUUCCUGUUAUAG